UCUAUAGCAGUUACUUUCUUUUUAUAUUGAUUUUCGCUUUGUUUCUCGCGGUGUUUGCGAGUUUGAGUUGCUAGUAAAUAUGGCGAACUCCUCUGAGAAAUCAAGUUUCUCUCAGACUUGUAGUCUUUUGAGUCAGUACUUGAAGGAGAGAGGUGGUUUUGGAGAUCUUAGCCUCGGAAUGUCAUGCACCAUUGAGGCAAAUGGGACAUCUGAGGCUCCUCGGAGGCCGGCGGCAACAACUAUGAAUUUGUUCCCAAUUUUUGAGAAAUCCGGUGAUGUUUUGCCCCAAAAUGCGGCGGCCGCUCCUCGAAACCUGGAAUCAAUGAACUUCUUCCCUCAACUAACUGGUUUUGCUGCUAAAAAGGAUGUUCCAGUAGAUUCAAGUUUUAAUAAGAGUGUUGCUGCGGAGCCUCAAACUGCACAAAUGACCAUAUUCUAUGGCGGACAAGUGAUUGUGUUCAAUGAUUUUCCGGCUGACAGAGCCAACGAAAUCAUGCUCUUAGCUGGCCAGGGAAGCUCCCAGGGCCACUCUACCACGACUCUUAAUCCUUUGGCUUCUUCGUUGUCGGCUAAAACUCCUAUUGAAUCAACCUCUCCCGUUACUACUACUAGCUUGGUGAAAAAUCCAACUGAACCAAGUUGUUCCGUUCCUUCUUCCUCCAAUUUAAUGACAGAGCAUGUUCAACCAAAGCCUAGACCUGUUACUUGUGAUCUACCGAUUGCUAGGAGAAAUUCACUCCACAGGUUCCUGGAGAAGAGAAAAGAUAGGAUCACUGCCAGAGCACCUUACCAACCAGUUAACCCAGAGGCACUUCCAAACAAGGCUGCUGAGAGUAAGUCGUGGCUCGGCCUAGCUGCUCAAUCCCCACAAUAGUUUGUAACAACUAUUAUAUGUCCGAUUUUCCGGUAUUAAUAUUUCAGCCGGUCAUCCUUUUUUGGCAGGUUGAAGCCUGCUUUCUUCUUUUUCUUUAUUUUUUUCCUAGCUUUGUAUUUGGUUGCUUUUAGGUUGGGUUCUGAUGAGCCUACCUUAGAUCUAACUAUCAAUCUCACUAUUAGUUUAUGUAAUUAACUUUAUUGAAGAAUCUAGUAUAUGUUAGUUUUAGUAAGUAAUUCUAAGUUGUGAUUAUUACUAUUAUUAUUUUGAGUAGAUACUAAAACUCCAUUACUUUUGGAUGUCUGUGGUCAGUGAGAAUUACAGGAGGUAAAAUUUUUGUUGAUAUUUGGUGGUUGAAGAUAUUUUUAUUAUUAUUGGAA